CAUUCCAUUUGACGAUCACUCUCCUGCGGUGUACUGUACGGACGAAAUUUCUUCUCCAGUCCACGAAGAACCUCUCUACUUUUCCUCAUCGAUGGCGUCCGCGCUUGCUCUGAAGAGGCUCGUCUCCAUGAACGUCCUGCCGAAGUCUCUUCUCCUCCGCUCUGUUCGUCCGGUGGCUGUAGCUCCUGCAACGUCCCGGCUUCUCAGCACCGGAGCUGUGCGUGAGAGUGACUACGAGGAUGAGAAUGACUACGACGAAGGUGGUCUGGACGUCAAUCGCCACUUCACUCGCCUCCCGGUUUCCACAGAUGCGUUCGAUAGCCAGCUCCUGAGCUGGUUGGAUCCGUUUGCCUCCGCAUAUCGCGGCCUCGGAUCGGGUGGUUUCCGUAGGGGAUGGGACGCUAGAGAGACGGAGGAAGGCCUGCGCCUCCGUUUCGACAUGCCAGGGCUGGGCAAGGAGGACGUGAAGGUCUCAGUCGAGGAGAGCACUCUGGUGAUCAAAGGCGAGGCGGCAGGGGAAGAGGCCGGGGGCAGCGAGGAGGAGAGCGGCCGGCGGUACAGCAGCAGGAUAGAGCUGUCGGAGAAGAUGUACAAGAUGGAGGAGACCAAGGCGGAGAUGAAGAACGGGGUGCUCAAGAUCACGGUGCCCAAGGUGAAGGAGGAUGAGAGAGCUGACGCGUUUCACGUGAAGAUCGAUUAGAGGAAGAGGACACGGCUGAUUUCUGGUAGUUAGUUACUGAAAUGUUUGUUCCUGCAAGAAAUAGUGAACUAGAGGAUGUUUGCAAUGCAAUAGAGAUUAGAGAUUACGCUGCAUAUAGAAAGUAGUCGAUGGACAUCUGAGCUUUUGAUGGCUAACCAUGCCUUCGAUAUAUGAAUGAACCUCCCGUAGUUAUGAAUUUUCUUUUUCUCUCGA